AUGGGGCGUGUCGCGGGGAACGCACAACGAAUCCUAGUCACACUGUCGUCGUUGUCAUUCUGAACGUUUUUACACGUAAACGAUUGAAAAGUUUUAGGAAAACACGAAACACAUCACCCGGAACAUAGUGCUUGGUGCCGGGAGCGAUACGGAUCCGGAACAUGGUUUUAGAUAUGAUAUAGAUAAUCAUAAUGGAGACAUCUGUGAUCUUAGCUAAGAGCUUCUCUUCAUCAAAUUCAUUUCCCGCGAAGAAUAAUUCCAACAACUUCAAGAUAAAAGUGAGGCCGACGCAAGCGAACGCCAUGUUAGACUUGAACCGGACAAUCUCCGUCACUUCCAAACCGGACUCCAUUUUGGGUUCCUCGAAUCACAGUUAUUGGAACAGCAGUGACUACUUCUACACGACGACAAAUACUGCUGAGCUAGAAUACGACUAUCAGAUUAUCAAUGAAACUAGCGGAGAGGGUUCGUGGACUGGUUCUUGCAAAGAAUGGACUCCUGCACAACAUAAUUUAUUCCAAACGGCAAACUUUUUCUUUGCCGCCGCCUUUUUGGUACCAGGGAGCUUUAAACAAAGCAUCUUAAUUGUAAGGGCACUUCUUUCGAUAGGAUAUUUUUUCACAACUAUCUGGGGAGGCCUUGAAGUAUGUGCUCCUGAUAUUUUACUAUGGAAUUUUAUUAUAGUUCUACUAAAUGCAACCCACACUGCUCUACUGACUUGGAAAUUCUUACCUCCUACUCUUACCCUGGAACUGACUGAACUAUAUCUUAAGGUAUUCAAACCACUACGUGUAAGUAAAAAGCACUUCAAAGAAUUGGUCAAGGAAGCAAAAGUUAUGAAUUUGGAAGAAGGCGACAUUUAUGCAGUGGAAGACGUUAGUCCAGCUGAUGAAAAGCUGUCAAUUUUACUCAGAGGAAGGUUAAGAGUAACGUGUGACGAUACUCACUUACACUUCAUAAACGCCCAUCAAUUCGUGGAUUCGCCAGAAUGGGAAGCAAACCACGAGCAAUCAGAAGACGUUUUCCAGGUAACUAUCAGUGCAGAGGAAGACAGCGUGUACCUGUGCUGGCCUAGGAUGAAGCUGGAAAGGGUCCUGAGGCAUCGGCCCAUGCUUAAGGCUGUCUUCGAGGCAAUUAUAGGAAAGGACAUAACGCAGAAGUUAUAUGCGUUGAAUGAACAUUUGAGUGGUCUAAGUGACGAACGAGACAGAGGCCAGAAGAACCAAAUAUGGGCUAAAACGCACAACCGGAGCAUGUCCUUGGAUGCAGUGAAUACCUCCACGACGGGCCUGGUACGAUCGCAAGCUUAUAAGAAUAGCCAGAAGGGAAUCCCCAAUUCAGAACUUUCAGGUCUGUUAGGCAAAAGCUCGAAAUUCGUACCACUGACAGCGUCCCAGUUUCCCGCCAAGUCACCGUUCACGCACGAAAAUUCAAGUUUUCGUCGCUCCGAAAAUAACGUCACACCACAAAGAACCCGAUCGCUCAGGCACUCGAUUAGAGAGGUCAAAUUCGAAAUGAGUAGCAAGUAGGUGAUAGUUGUUGUUCGGUGGCGAAUAUUGAAAGUGCAGUACGUUGUCGUUUUCCUUGGUACACAGUCACUACCUUAUCUCUUGUCAGCAUCGGAAGUAUUCAGAAACAAUUGUUAUAAAUUUAUCAGUAUUGUUUACUUUUCACUAUACACAAACGUAGCCUUGGUGUUGAGACGAAAG